CCGCCUCAGCGCAUCCCCGCCCACCGGUUCGUCCUGGCCGCCGGCAGCGCCGUCUUCGACGCCAUGUUCAACGGCGGCAUGGCCACCACCUCCGCCGAGAUCGAGCUGCCCGACGUGGAGCCCGCCGCCUUCCUGGCGCUGCUCAGAUUUCUCUAUUCAGAUGAAGUGCAGAUUGGUCCAGAAACUGUAAUGACCACGCUCUAUACGGCCAAGAAGUAUGCUGUUCCCGCCCUGGAAGCUCACUGUGUGGACUUUCUCACAAAACAUCUUAGAGCAGAUAAUGCCUUUAUGCUGCUAACUCAGGCUCGAUUAUUUGAUGAACCUCAGCUUGCUAGUCUUUGUCUAGACACUAUAGACAAAAGUACAAUGGAUGCAAUAAGUGCAGAAGGUUUUACUGAUAUUGACAUAGACACGCUGUGCGCAGUGCUGGAGAGAGACACGCUGAGCAUCCGAGAGAGCCGACUCUUCGGGGCGGUGGUCCGUUGGGCCGAAGCGGAGUGUCAGCGACAGCAGUUCCCCGUGACGUACGCCAACAAGCAGAGGGUGCUGGGGAAAGCCCUGCCCUUAAUCCGCUUCCCCCUGAUGACCAUAGAAGAGUUCGCAGCAGGCCCUGCCCAGUCUGGAAUCCUGUCAGAUCGAGAGGUGGUCAACCUCUUCCUCCAUUUCACGGUCAACCCCAAGCCCCGAGUAGAGUACAUCGACCGGCCCCGCUGCUGCCUCCGAGGCAAAGAGUGCAGCAUCAACCGCUUCCAGCAAGUGGAGAGCCGCUGGGGGUACAGCGGGACCAGCGACCGCAUCAGGUUCACAGUAAACAGACGAAUCUCUAUCGUGGGGUUUGGUUUAUACGGUUCUAUUCAUGGGCCCACGGAUUAUCAAGUGAAUAUCCAGAUCAUCGAGUACGAGAAAAACCAGACCCUGGGGCAGAACGACACCGGCUUUAGUUGCGACGGAACGGCCAGCACCUUCAGGGUUAUGUUCAAGGAACCCAUCGAGAUCCUGCCCAACGUGUGCUAUACGGCCUGCGCCACGCUCAAGGGUCCCGAUUCCCACUACGGCACCAAGGGUUUGAAGAAAGUUAUACAUGUAGCAGCAACUGCAAGCAAAACAACCUUCUUGUUUUUUAGUUCCCCCGGCAACAAUAAUGGUACAUCGAUAGAAGAUGGACAGAUACCAGAAAUAAUCUUUUAUACGUAAUCCGCGCAGCAGUUCGUCUCUGCUUAUAGCGGCCAACAUCUUACUGGCAUAAAGAACUAGCCACUAAUGAUAGUCUGAGUGUUUAAAAUGCUCCCAAUUUUAACGUGCAAUUAAGAAACAUUUUAGUUUCUUAGGAGAGAUUUUAGAAAAAAGCCUAUUUUUGCUCUGCAUGGGUAUCAGCUGAGUAGAAAAAUCUCCAGCAGGAUUUUCAUUUCCGUAGAAGCCUGGAAGAAGACUUAAGGGCUCUGAUGAUAAAGGCUGCUAGCAAUUGUUUGAAAGUCUGGGUUUUUCACCUGUAUAAUUUCAUUAGUUUGGUUGGCUCACGGUUGUUGGAAUUGACAGAUCCUUGCUUUUUAAGGACAGUUUACUUUUUUGGUUUGGUGGUUUUUGUUUUUGUUUUUUCCACCAUUACGAGGAAUGAAUGUUGAAGAACGUUGGCCCACGAUGGCUUAGUAAAACGUGCUGCCGAAGCAUCUUAGUACAUCCGUACCUCUGUUUUGGAGAAGUUUGAGGACUGGAUGGAUAUCUUUUUUUUUUUCCCUUUUGUGUUUUUUUGUUGUUGUUGUUGUUGUUUUAUAAAGUUCUGGGGUCUCCAAGGACCAUCUGUAAUUAACAGCGUGGGGAAAUCCCACGAAGUGUCAAACCAGCAUCAAGCUGCCCGGGUGAGAAAUCUGGGCCGUCUGUUUUUAAGAAGGCCAAGUCAGCUGGUCACCUAGCAGAGCCUUCCACGUUGUAAAUAAGCUGCAGUUACAUAUAUCGCAACUGCACGGCCUAUGUCGAGAGCCUGCGUGGCAUUAUUCAUGGCGUCGGACGCGAGCGGUUGCGAGGCAUUAACGGGAAACCGUUUCUGGUACUUGGCAGCCUCUCCCAGUAGCAGGAGGCAAGCGCAGGACUCUCGGAAGCCGUCCCAUCGCUGAUUUCCUAGAAUGCCCAGCGAUUCGCAGCAAACACGGCUGAAAUGGAUUUAACCUAUUUUCACCCACUCUCCCAGCCUUUUCCUAUCCAAAAGGGUUCUCAGCGCUCAUCCUUUUGGCCUCUAAAGCCCCCCCUCAAAGAGCAGAGUUGGAGGAUGUGGGGUACAGAAGCGUUCGAAGAAAAGUAAAUGAAAAUAGAAAUCCCAUUCCCUCCCCCCAAAAGUGGUUAUGUCGUGUGAAAUUCUACAGGAGCAGUAAGUACCCAUAUCAGUGACCAAGAGCAGGAGUUUUAGAAGGUGAGUUUUGAAAGAGCGAUUCAGGUUCGGUAGUCAAAAGUGUGGAUGUUUGACUUUUCUUCUGAAAUCUUCCUUCAGCUUCUAUGCGCGUUUUCAGGGAGUUCUUCCGAAAUCUUCAGCUUCUAUGCGCGUUUUCGGGGAGGGAGGGCUGUUGAAGGAGCUGAUAGGAAAGACUGCUGGCUCCUUCCCUCAGCAUCUCCAAGCAGGAACUCUUAAAUUUAUGGAAAGGAGACGGAAUUACACCCACGUCUCAAUCUUCCGGCAGCAAUAAGCGACACGCUUGCUGUCUUGGGCCAACGGAUAGUUUUUGUUUGGUGUUCCCUUCUGCUUCCCCAUCAGAAAUGGGGGAAAUGAGUUCUCGCUCUGUCUCCCAGAAAACUUUCCCUCCUCCUCAUUCAGCAAGUUCACCGCGGGGAGGGCGGAUAUGUCCGUACGUUAAAUCUCCCGUCAACUCUUCCCUCUGAGGGUCAGGCAGUUUUAUCUAGCAGUCGGAAUCGAUCUCCUCGGCACAACCGGGCAAAGAGGGUCUCGUCGUCUUUGCCCUCGUGGGACUUUUAAAAUCUUGCCUGUGUGGCUACUACCGGGCAUUUGAGGGGGUGAGGGGGCACUAGGUGGUACAGAAAGGCCCCUUGGAGAAGCCAGAAAAAUGGUCAAUGGAUUUCAACCAGCAUCUCCUAUUAGUACAUCACUAUCGUGAAGCAACAUCUGUAAAUAAAUUCACUGUACAAAACAAA